GCAUUUGUAAAAGCAAUGCAACAUGGCUCGUUACAAAGCGAAACAAAGAAAGCAUCAUUAAAUUUAAAACAGGCAAUAAAGAGAAACAAAGAAAGUUAUUGAAGAUCGGAAGUGAUUUCUGUGCGUAAACAAAAUAAGUAAAUAUCUCUCACUAUUUGAUUAACAACAAGUCAGAUAACAAUCCAAGUGCAUUGUAUAAUAAAUAAAUAUAGGCAACAUAUAAUUCAAACGAGAAUUUAUCCAAGCAGAUUGAAUUUGGUGACAAGGAAUAGUUGAUUGACCAAGUAUAAUAUUGUUUAUUUUAUUUGUUGGUGUGAAUGAAUUUUCCAUGGAAUGUCAGUGCAACGACCAAACAUAAAAUCGUAUGCACAUAGCAACAACCGCUUCCAAUUGAGGUGGAGAAAGUGUGAACAAGUGGCUAAGUUACUAAUGCCACCAGGAAGCAGGUUGUAGACACCACUUACAGCAAACACAUUAAACGAGCGUUUACUGGUUGCAGUAAUCACAUAAUUUUAAUGUAUUAAGCGCGCCGCAUCUUGCCAGUCAACGAAAGCCAUGAGCAUACGCACAAGGGCACUAGUCUUUUCAACCUUCUUCGGGAGUUGCAUCGCAAUUGGACUCCUGCUGGUCAGUCUAACAACAAAUCAUUGGGUGCGUGCCUAUCCGAAACGGAUAAAUUCAACAGAUUCUAAAGGUGAUAUUAACUUUGGCUUAUUUUAUGGUAACAAAGAUCUAAACUAUGGCUUUGGUGUUCGCACCACUCCUAUCAUCGUGUAUACAUUCGAUCAAAAUGGUCCGGAAACUAUGAAUUUUUGGCUGUGGCUGAUCACAGCUUUGGGUACUGGCUUUGGCUUGCUUACAUGUGCAAUUUCGGCAAUUGCUGCCGUGUUAAAGGCCGCAUCAGCAGCAAAGCGUCCUGCAACUAUGGUACUACUUUUCGCUUCUAACAUUUCAUCGGCAGCCGCACAGGUGAUCGCUUUCGUUUGUUGGCUUGUUCAGUUCUAUCAAUAUUUGCAGCAAAAUGUACUUGCUGUACAAGAUCGUCAUUGGUAUAGUCAUGGCUUAGCUUAUUUGGGCUACAGCUUCUACUUGGUAAUUGCAUCUACUCUUGUCGUUAUAUUGAAUAUUAUCAUAUUACUGCAUGCUAAACGUCGUGAGCGAGCCGAUCGCCAAAGACUUGAGCCUCCUAGUGAGGAGAAGAAUCAAGGCGCCAUAAUGUUAUACUAAAAGCUAAUGCUUUAUCCUCAUAGAAAUAUUUUUAGUAAAAAAAGAAUCAACUGAUGUUAAUUUAUUAUUAAUUAGCGUGAUUAUUGAAUCUCGAAGCGCAAAUGAUCAUACUCGGAAAUUGACUAAUUUCCCAAAACGGAGUUAAUUUCAUAUUUAUAUUUAUGCAUGUACAGUUAUGUAUGUAUGCACACACAAGGUCAAAAUAAUAAGUACGUACAUAAUAAUUGAUGUCAAAAAUAAUUUAAGAAUAAAUUGAGAAUAAUGGCGGAUAUACUAGAUAAUGAUGAAAAAAGUAAGCAAAAAUCAAAUAGGGCACAGAAAACUGAAACUAAUAAAUUUUUUUCAGUCACGGAUACCUGAUGGAGCUUUUGUCUAUCCUAUUUAUAGACUUUUAUCUUAUACAAAUUUAAGUUCCUAUUUCAAUUUUUAUUACUAAUAUCCUUAUUUCUUUCAUUUAAAUGUAAUUUUCUGUCUCCCUAAAAAGAAUUUGUUAGUCAUUGAAAUUGAUGUAUUUAUGUACUUAUUAUUUUGACUAUGUGUGUAUAUGUAAUAGGUGAAUAGCAUUUAAAGUAUAUGCACUGUAUGUUUUGUGCAAACAUAUAAUAUUUUACGAUAUACUCUACUACUUUAUUGGACUGCCUACUUUGUCAACCACUUAUUUUAUUCCUAUCAUGGGUUUCCGUUGAAUCUACUUUUAUUAUUAAAUAAUAUUUUUUAAAUAAAUUCAAUUUUAAAAUAUAUGACUCGGUAAA